AUGGAUUCCUCAACAACUUUGUCCCCAGUAUCGGUGACGCGAGAAGAGUUCAAUGCAUUCCACAAGUCCGACAGAGCUCUUUUCACUCGUCUUGUCUUUAGUCUAAAGCGAGACAUUAACCAGUCGUGCAAAAUCGUGAGCUUUCUCCUCUAUCUCGAGAAAAACGCUCCCGUGAGCAACCUCGUUGUGAAUCUCGCCGCUUUACCGGACUACUUCGUCAACGCGCUGGCUGACGAGGUCGUGACGUGUCUGACUUGCAUGUGCUACGAAACUUUUCCAAAUUUCGUUGCAACGUUCGGUAAAAACAUCAAAUUCUUUACCAUACCUUUGAUUAUGCGCAUGACUGGAGAGUCCCUUAGCCUCGCGGUCAUCCACCAGAACCGCCAGAACAUUCUCCUUGCGGUGAAGACGAAUCUGACCCGUAUCUGCUACCCGGCUUUUGAGGAUAUCUGCGUGCGCGCUGCGAUGCACAACAAGGAGACUGAAGAGAGGGAAAAGGCGGUGGAGAAGAUGAGCAACUUGGCGAUUAGCAAGGUUGUUCACAAGGGUGAGCAAGAAACCGCCGCAGGAGCAAGCACGGUUGAUGGAUUCUCUGAUGAGGAGCAGGUAAUGGCUGAGAACAGGACUGUCUUCCUCACGUUCUCUAAAGGCUACCCAAUUGCUGAAGCAGAAGUGCAUGGCUAUUUCACCAGGAGAUUUGGGGAUAUCAUAGAAGCGAUAUACAUGCCUGGAGUGGAAGGGAAUGAGCAGCAGGCCCUGUAUGCAAGGAUGGUGUUACAUUCUGCCGCCAAGAUUCCGGAGAUUGUCACCACUGGCAUCACCAGGACCAAAUACACCAUCAAUGGCAAACAUGUUUGGGCUCGCAAAUUCAUUCCCAAUCUCAAAGCCGCCAAUAAUGUUUACGCAUCCGUUGGAGUCUCUCUCUAA